AUGGUUUUUGUCAAAGAGCCAGAAGUCAGGCUGGUUGGAGGUUCUCACUGUUCUGGGAGGUUAGAGAUACUUCAUGAUCAGUCGUGGAUGUCAGUGUGUGAUGCUGCCUUUGACCAGCAGGAUGCAGAGGUUGUGUGUAGAGAGCUGGACUGUGGGGCUCCUGUACAGGUGCUGGGAGCAGCUGCUUUUGACAAAGGAGACGCUCAGAUGUGGACACAAGAGAUUCAGUGCAGAGGAAAUGAAUCUCAGAUACACCUCUGUCCAACAACACCAUUACAUGAAAACAAUUGUUCUCAUGAGUUCAACAUUGGUUUGCUGUGCAUAAUAAAUGUGAGAUUGGUAAAUGGUACCAGUCGCUGUGCUGGUACAGUGGAGGUUCUUCAUAGAGGUCAGUGGGGAACAGUGUGUGGUGAUGGCUGGGAUUUGGCUGAUGCUGCAGUGGUGUGUAGAGAGCUGGACUGUGGAGAACCUGUAGAUGCUCUGGAUGCUUACUUUGGACCAGGAUCAAGACCAGUCUUAAUGAAAAUUGCAAUUUGUACUGGAACAGAGUCUACACUUAAGAAAUGUGGAUCCAUACAAUUGCCUGACAAAUGUCUUGAUAAGAGUGCUCAAGUCAUAUGUUCAGAAGUCAGACUGGUUGGAGGUUCUCGCUGCUCUGGGAGGUUAGAGAUACUUCAUGAUCAGACGUGGAUGUCAGUGUGUGACGCUGCCUUUGACCAGCAGGAUGCAGAGGUUGUGUGUAGAGAGCUGGACUGUGGGGCUCCUGUACAGGUGCUGGGAGCAGCUGCUUUUGGCAAAGGAGUCGCUCAGAUGUGGACACAAGAGAUUCAGUGCAGAGGAAAUGAGUCUCAGAUUCACCUCUGUCCAACUAACUCCUCACACAAACAUAGCUGUUCACAUGAAUACAGUGUUGGACUAGUGUGUGCAGAAAAUAUGAGAGUGAGGUUGGUUGGUGGCAACAGUCUCUGUGCUGGUCGAGUGGAGGUUCUUCAUAGAGGUCAGUGGGGAACAGUGUGUGGUGUUGACUUUGAUAUGGCUGAUGCUGCAGUGGUGUGUAGAGAGCUGGAGUGUGGAGAACCUGUAGAUGCUCUGGGUGGUGCUCAUUUUGGAUCAGGAUCAGGACCAAUCUCAAUCUGGCCAAAUCGCAAGUUAUGUACUGGAUCAGAGUCUACACUGAAGAAUUGUGGAUCGGUACAAUGGGGUUCAUAUCUCUGUGAUCAUACUAAAGAUGCAGGAGUCAUAUGUUCGGGUGCCAGACUUAUUGGAAACUCCAGUUGCUCUGGGAGGUUAGAGAUGCUUCAUAAUCAGAUGUGGAUGUCAGUGUGUGACACUGCCUUUGACCAGCAGGAUGCAGAGGUUGUGUGUAGAGAGCUGGGCUGUGGGGCUCCUGUACAGGUGCUGGGAGCAACUGCUUUUGACAAAGGAGAUGCUCAGAUGUGGACACAAGAGAUUCAGUGCAGAGGAAAUGAAUCUCAGAUUCACCUCUGUCCAACAUCCCUUUAUAAAAAACAUUGUUCAGAUGAUAAUUUCCAGGGGCUGUUCUGUGCUGAUAGAAAGAAUGUGAGGUUGGUUGAUGGUAACAGUCCUUGUGCUGGUAGAGUGGAGGUUCUUCAUAGAGGUCAGUGGGGAACAGUGUGUGGUGAUUUCUGGGAUUUGACUGAUGCUGCAGUGGUGUGUAGAGAGCUGGACUGUGGAGAACCUGUAGAUGCUCUGACUGAUGAUGACUUUGGGCAAGGAUCGGGACCAGUCUGGAUGAGUGCUGUAUUAUGUACUGGAUCAGAGUCUACACUGAAGAACUGUAAGUCAUCAGGAUGGAGCAUGAAUAGCUGUACUCACAAUGCAAAUGUGGGGGUCAUCUGUUCAGGUCAUAAGCCUUCCAGACUUGCUGCUGGAUCUCACCUGUGCUCUGGGAGGCUAGAGAUACUUCAUGAUCAGACGUGGAUGUCAGUGUGUGACGCUGCCUUUGACCAGCAGGAUGCAGAGGUUGUGUGUAGAGAGCUGGACUGUGGGGCUCCUGUACAGGUGCUGGGAGCAGCUGCUUUUGGCAAAGGAGACGCUCAGAUGUGGACACAAGAGAUUCAGUGCAAAGGAAAUGAAUCUCAGAUUUCAUUCUGUUCAAUAUCAUCACACAAACACAACUGCAGCAGUGACAAUAAUGUGGGCUUGAAAUGUUCUGGUUACACUGAUCUCAGACUGAUAAAUGGCUCAGACUCUUGUUCUGGAAGAGUGGAGCUUCAGUUCUUUAAUGAGUGGGGCACAGUGUGUGAUGCAUGCUGGGAUAUGAGAGCUGCCAGUGUCCUCUGUAGACAGCUGAAUUGUGGGAUUGCUGUCUCUGUUGUGGAAUCAGACUGGUUUGGAGAGGGAAGUGAUGAAAUCUGGGCUGAUGUGUUUGAUUGUGAACAGAAUGACUGUGUUGGAGAUGAAGUGGCCGAAAUCACCUGCUCAGAUCGUGUUGCUCUCAGACUGAGUGGAGGGGAGGGCCGGUGCUCUGGGAGGCUGGAGGUGUAUCAUAACGCUGUGUGGGGCUCAGUCUGUGAUGAUCAGUGGGACAUCAGCGAUGCUCAGGUGAGUCGAGUGCAGAGGGAAUGA